UUAGAGUCGGCUUGCAAAAAUGGCCUCCAGGACAGCUGCAGCUGCGAGACGGUCGACAUGGAGGAGCUUCUGUCCUUCCAGUCUCCGCUUAUCUGCAGGUAGCAGUCGGCUCUGCAGCUCCAAACAGGCAACCCAGAAGGACAAGCCAGUAAAUAGAUCUACAUAUAGACCAGAACCCAGCUCCACACAUGACUGGGUCGGUCCACCAAACUCGCUCUCCAACAUACGGCCAAUUAUUUACCACAUCCCGGAGAAUGAAACAGAGCUGGAGAAACGGCUGAGAAACCUGAGGCAGGACACAGAGGACUGGAACCACAAUUUCUGGGCCAAGCAGAACAUCACCUUCAGCAAGGAAAAAGAAGCUUUUAUCAUUUCACAGCUGAAGGCAAAAGGCUUGACUCUGCGUGAUCAGGACGGACGACGGCGGUCCCUGAACAGCGAAGAGAUGGCCACGUUUUACAAAAGCUUCCUGGACAAAAACAGAGUACGACAUGCAAAUUACAACAAGGAAUGGUACAGACGUAACUUUACCAUCACCUUGCUCUUGGCUCGAGUCACCCUAAACAGUAUGUGGAGGACAGUUACGGAAAGACAGAGCAGCAAGAACAACGGCACUCCUACCAGCUGAUAGCAAAGAAAAUACACACACCCCCACCCUCCUGUCAAAAUAUCAAAUGCCUUGGCUAUAUUUUUGUCACUUCUGUUACUGCUUCAUGUUUGUUCAGGCUCUGCAAAUGACUGUAAAUUAUUCUGGAAAAAAUAAAGCAAAGCAAAACA